GGAUGGUGAGGUUCAGGGUGUGGGUUGAUUGGAGGUGGGUUAGGGUUAGGAGGGGGCGCAGAGCAUGGUUUGAUAUUGGGUUGAUGGGUGAGAUGGUAUGGUGGGCGACAGGGGUGGCAGAAGAAAAGGGUAGGUAAGGGGCUGGGUGGAGGUGAGUACCUUAAUCAGGCGAGGUUUCUGUAUGACAUGGCCGAUAUGAACGUGAUCCAUACCUACCUGGCAGUCACGACGGACGUUCCUGAUCAAGGUCAAGAGAUGGCUAGUACUACCUCUCCGGCAGCGACCCCGACAAAGGAGGAGAUGGUCAACCGGUGGGAAGAACUCAAGUCACCGUUCGAGCAUGGCGUUGACUGGGCCCGAGGGGGUGGUGCCAGAGGAUAUCCAGGAGAGGGUACAGCAUUGCCAGGCUCGUACUGCAACAAGAUUGGGGUGACGGGGUUGCGGGAGUGGGUUUUGGGGAAUGUGGAUAGUGAUACUGAGGAGGGAGCUGGAGGGGGGUGGUAUAGGUUUUUGAAGGGCGUGUUUGAACCUGGAGAUGAUGAGAAGGUUUAA